ACUAACUGGAUCCCAAGCUACAGCAAACACGAAAACGGAAAUCCUUAUCAUGCUUACGGGGAUGCUUAUUUUUAUGACACAGAAAAAGUGCCACCGACGCUAGAUCCGCCACCCUAUGGAGAGGUGCCCAAUGGUGGCCAUUCCACAGCAUCAGACACAAAUGCCCUAACUGAGGCUCAGAAGGCAAAACGAAAUAGACACACGAUUGGUUUUAUCUUUUUUGGAAUUCUUCUAAUUGGAGCUGCGGCGGCAGCCACUGCGUUAAUCAUUCACUACGUUUUUAUAACAGAGCAUGAGCGGAUUACUGACCAUAAACUGAAUCUUAUAAACAACACUACCAGAGCAGAUCUAAUUGAAGAAAACAUAGAUAAUAUUUCCAUUGAUGAUUUGGGUAAAAUUGGAACUAAAUUGACAACAGUUUCACCAUCGAAAGACGGAUCCGGAAGUAACGUGAAAAUAGACGUUUCAGAACCGGAAACUUUUUCCGUCCCAGUUUCAACCAAAUCUCCGAUUAAAACAGACGAUGGAACUACAGAAUCGUCACCUCUCACGACAGUAACAGCUGCACCAAAGAAAGUGGAGUUUCCGGAUUACACAUAUGAAAUUGGACUUCCUGGUAAACUGCGUUGUAGAAUAAACCGGGUCCGGAUGUGGGAUGCCAUUACUAUUAACGGAACCAAAGACGUGGUAGGGCAAAAUACACCAUUGUCCUUUAAGUUGCUAAGCAGCAAUGAAACAUGUUUAGAAGGAAAUGACAGUCGCAUCACAACAGAAUUUGAUAUCAAACGGACCAGAAGUGCAUCGGCAAAAUAUGAUGAUAUAGAAAUGACCGUUCACCUUAGCGAAAUCAAGUGCGAAGAUAUGGGUGAUUACGAAUGCUGGGUGGAUGGUCCAACUGUAUAUAAAGUAACGAACUCAGUAACGGUCAAACGAUAUCCAAAAAGCAGACCUACAUUAAAAAUACCUUAUGCUAUCAUCGAGAAUGAGCCGAUUUCUAUCAAGGGUUUUUGGAACAGCGGGUUUCCAGAUAGUUAUGGCGAAUUAGAAUGGUAUAUACUGAAACCAGGAGCAGACGAACAUCCAUGGACUGAUGUUAAAAACACUGUCAACACCAAAAACUGCGAUAACGAGGCUGCCAGCAUAAUCAAUCUACCAAUCACAUUAGAAAUGAAUCAAACGAAAAUUAAACUACAGCCUUACUUUUAUCCACAGUUCAGUAAGGAGAAGCAAAGACGUAAGAUAGAGCAUGUUACAGAGGAAAUUCUGGUAGUUCCUGCAAAUUUCUGCGAAGGAAAGAAGAAGGAUAAGAACAUUAUUCAUCCCUAUACUUGUAAACUCUUCAUUAUAUGUACAGAUAGAAUUAAUAUUUACGAAUGUCCAAAAGAAACCACGUGCUUCGAUGAGGCAAAGGGGACUUGUGAGUAGGAAUGGGAGUUAUUUACAAACGAUAAACAGAUCUUGGACGACUUGGUAAUUCCUGAAGGAGAAGGGGUCUGUCUAGAAGGAAAUCGUGCUUACCAAAAUAUCCUGAAACAUACAUUUAGUAAGAGUAUUUGCAAUAUACAUGUAUUCAAAUGUUGAGCAAAAGUGAAAUUGAGCUAAAAGUCAUGAAACAAAAUUCAGGAGAUGAAAUCGAGAAAUCCAGCGAAGUGGAGCCAGGAAUCAAGUCAUUACGUACUGUCAAAAGAAAAUGUCUCAUUUUUUAAAGGAACUUAAAAUGAAGUCAUGCAUAUACUUUGAUUUUAGUCUUAGUCUAUCCCAAAAUAUUGUUUGCUUGUCCUCUCCCGAUCGACUGACUGGCGACUAAAAAUGGCCCAGAUCAGAUGUUUUUACCUCCAGGAAUCCUAUGUUUUCCGUAAAUGGGUUGUGAGAAUACAGCUAUGAUGUUAAAUUUUUUUGGGGUG